GGAGUCACGACUGUAGGUCGUGAACAUCCUUCUGUCCAAAGAUGGCGGCUUCGGCAAUGAGGACCUCUGUGGCGCUGCGUACCGCUAUUGGCAAGCCUGUUGCUUUUGUCAGAAAAAUUCCCUGGACCGUGGCCUCCAAUGAGCUGAGAGAGCACUUUGCACAAUUUGGCCAAAUACGAAAGUGCACUGUACCUUUUGACAAAGAGACUGGCUUUCACAGAGGUAUGGGUUGGGUUCAGUUUUCUUCAGAAGAAGAACUUCAGCAUGUACUACAACAUGAAAAUCACAUUAUCGAUGGAGUAAAGCUCCAUGUUCAAGCUCAAAAACCAAGAAUUUUGCAAGAGGAUCAAACAUGUGAUGAAGAGAAAGAUUUUUAAGAAUAUUGCCUAUUAAAUAAACAAAACUGAAUAUUA